UAAUGGCCAGCUGUAUGCAGCAGUAGUAAGAGCAUGCGCAGUAGCUACAAAGAAUACGGCGAAGAUUCAAAGUUUUUGUCCAGUUUUCUUUGCCACACCGCGGACCAACAGACAGACUAUGUUUGGCUUUCACAAGUCUAAAAUCUACCGGAGUAACGACGGCUGUUGCAUCUGCAAGACCAAGUCCUCCAGCUCCCGCUUCACAGACAGCAGCAGAUAUGAGGAGACGUUCAGGCUCUGCUUCGGGCUGUCAGAGGAUCGCGUCGGAGACAUUUGCAACGCUUGUGUGCUCCUGGUGAAGAGGUGGAAGAAGCUGCCCAUCGGUUCAAAGAAGAACUGGAACCAUGUGGUGGAUGCCAGAGCGGGGCCAGGCUUCAAGAUGACAAAACCCAAGAAGAUCAAGAACAGUGACGGGAAGAAGAAGAGCAAGCUGAAGAAGCUGCACAAGUUAAAGAGACAAACAGACUCUGAUGCUCACAGCACGACCUCUAGCGUGUCUCCAGCUCAGUCUCCCGCUUACAGCAACCAGUCAGACGACGGCUCAGACAUCGAGUCCAAGCAGAGACGCCCGACUCCCUCCAUCUUUUCCUUCCUAGACCGUUCCUACUGGAAAAGGCAAAAGGUGUGUUGUGGGAUCGUCUACAAGGGUCGGUUUGGAGAGGUGAUCAUCGACCCACGACUCUUCAAGCCCUGCUGCAGUUCCAAAAAACAGAAGACACUGGCUUCCACACAAGUGUCCACUCACCUCCCAGACACACUUCCUCCUCAGCUCCCAGAAGACGUGAAAGAAACUUGGUGAUUGAUUGUGUUGAUUCCCUCUGCAGGGUUAAUCCAUGGCAUCACCUGGAUUUGUCUCCAGUGGCAGACCUCCCUUUCCCCCUUCUCCCCCCCCCCUUAGAUCCAUUAGUUAGAUAUUUCUCUUUUGUAAUGUUCUUUUUUUAUAUGGGUAUUUUUUAACUUUUGUAUAGAGAACUUUUUCUUUUUUUAUAAAAAGCAAAAAGGACAAAAAAAAAAAACAAUUUAUGGGCAUUAGUAAUUUAUAGAUUGAUGCGACACAUUUUGUUGAGGUUCCGUUUUUGGUUCUAAAAAAAAACAACUUUUGGUUAUUUUUAUAAUGUGUUUAAAUAUUUUUGUCACUUUUUCAACAUAUCAAGACUGUUCUUUUUUUUUUCCUUUUUAUAACUUGUUAAAUUGUAAGUGUGCAUGUGAACGACACCAGCUAUUUCUAAUACCAGCUUUUUCAUGUGGCAAUGUUUUGUUCUUUCCGUUUGCUCCCUACGUGCAAAUGUGUGCGUCUGUAGGUGUGUGUGUAGUACACGGAGGACUGUAGGCGACAACAGGGAUCAUUAGUGCAACUGUCCUCUGAAUUGAGCUUUUAAUAUGUGCUUGUGCAGGUGAGAACUGAUGAUUUCUGACCGUUUUCCCGGCCUAAACGCGCCAUAGCUUUGUAAUGAGGUCAGACCGUGCGUGCAGUACAUUCCACUGCUUUCUCUGGAAUGACAAAAGCGAUGUAUUUAUUUCCUUUUGUACAGCCUACAAUGAAAUGACCAAUGCAUGUUGUAAAGCAAAUGAUUUUUUAAAAAGAAAAAUUGAUUUUGUAAAUACAGUUUAUUGGCUCUCGGUGCAUCUCAACCUUCUUCUUUUUUUCUUUUUUUAAUGGCAGGAAUGGCAAACCACUACGUGUGUAAAUGUUUUUGUGUCUGAAAGGUGCUGAAAAUGUACUUUUACACUAUUUCAGUGACAUUUUUAAUUCCAUUUUCACAUCUCUUUAUCUCAGGCCUGUUUCUCUACGAUAAUGCAAAGCUUUGGCUCUUAUACUUUGCCUGAAAUACACACAAGCUUAAAGGUUUCACUGUUGUCUGCGAUAUUGUUUAUUUUGUCCGCUCAUGGCCAGAGAUCGAACAGCGAGGAAAUGUUCGAUCUAUUUUUCUAGUUAUUUUACUUUUUUUUUUUUAAUGUGUGUGAUGAUCAGUGUUGUGAUUUAUUCAGAAGCAAUUGUCAAAGUCAAACUAUGCAGACGUUAUGAAUGUGAGAGUUUCUCUGGGGGUGCGGGCCGUCGCUUAUGCUGUUUAAAGUGUAACGUGGUGGAUCCUUAUUCAACCAAAUUGAUUUGUUUAAAAAAAAAAAAGAAAAAAAAAAGCACAAAUUCUUUCAGCAAUAUCAAAUCACAAUUCAUAACAGUCUCGUGUGAUGUUUCUUGUUUUAAUACUUGCGAGGCUUUAGUCCUGGUGCGCUUACUGUUCUUCAGACUAAAACUACAGCGAUAACGGUUGUUUUUUUUGUGUUCUUGCUUCUUCUUUUUUUGCGAAUUGUUUCCAAUCUCAAACUUCAUGAACUGACAGGCGAUGCUCUGUAAAGUUGCUUAAUAUAUAAACUUUUCUGCGGCAGGGUAGUUAAAUGUUGAACUUUAAAAGGAGAAAUGCUGCUUCCUUUUAACCCGGAAAAUAAGCUUGUUUUUUUUUUGUCCUUAGGGAGUUGCCAUAUUUGUUUCUACGAGGUACAUUUUGGGAUGUGAGAUGUGCCUUAAUUAAUGAAUUAAUUACCUGGCUCUCGUGUAAUUUAUUUUUUUAUUUAUUACAAACUUUGUUUCUGAAACUUUGAGACAACUGGUGUAGAGCCUUUUCAAGAAAGUCUGUUUUUAAAUGUGUGCACUUCUUUUGAACAACGUAAUGUAGAUUAUUUUUUAUUGCUUUAUUUUUUUUGUAUACUGUAUUGCAAAAGUAGAACUGUAUUGAAAUAAAGAAAACCAGUAAAUAAAUAA